UUUUAGGCUACACCAAGAUAUAGCAGGCAGGAUACAAAGUAACAGUCAAACACAAUCUUCGUUUUGGACGAAAGCACAAAGUAAACACAUCGGUUACCACCACAUAUAAACAUAUGCAGCACCACUGCCUAAAAUUGUGCUUCUUUAUGAAUGAAUAUCCUUGGAGAUUUUACUCUGUAUGAUACAUUUAGCUCUUUUAUGGAUAAUACAGAAUAAGACAAUUCCCAAGGUGCAACACAUUACAGUACUCUCUCCCUCCUCUGAAAGCUAUUGGAUCAUUUGACAGCAGAGAGAAAAAUUGAAUAAUGGUGUCCGAGUUCCUGCAUGGCCACUUUUAAUGAGGCCUAUUUCGUAUAGGGAAAUGUCAUCCCUGUUAAGAGAAGAUAUGCAGAAGAGGUUGUUUUGGCCAGAGGGACAGACGCUGAAAAACUUCAUCGAGAUCGAAGAGCCAACUCAGUGCAGGCAUUUCCUCUGUGUCUCAGUGUUGAAGAAUAAGGAGGUCCAGCUGUGUGUGGUACAAUGCCAGAAGCGUCAAUCGUCUGACUCAAAAAGGUUCAAACGCUCUCAUUUGGUGGACUCCUAUCAGAAGACUGAGGUGUGGCCACUGGACGAGCUGGUGUUGCUCGAUGGAAGGAACCCCGACAUAGAUGACCCCUGCUUCCUGAUGCAUUUUGGUACAGUCCGCUUUGUGCAGGCAAUCAACUGUGCAGCCAAGUACUCCAUGGCCCGCUGCCUGGCGGCCUUGAGUGUCUCCCACUACCAGACGCCCCUGGCGCUCAAGAACUUUGAUGAGACAUACAUUGAGCCGGCCGUCAAUGCCUCCGAGCAAGGGGACUGCACCCCGCUCAUGCAGGUCUGCUUCUACGCCUUCAACCUGGUGUGGCUCUCGAUGUGCCCUGCUCCAUGAUCAUGGCACCAGCAGAGGAGGGAUGCAUGUGGAAUUCUCAGAGCAACUGCCACUUUUUGAAUAGAAUUCUAGAACUGUGCUGAUUGUCUUCUACACACUCAACCUGUUCUGGAUCUUCUCUCUCUCCUGCUCUGUUGUGCCUUAGACAUGGCACUACUCCGGACAUUGCAACUGGACACAACUGUACAUACUGCAUUCUUUUCACACGGGUUCACCUGUCAUGUGCUGUAUCACUCAUUUCUGUGGAUCUGGUUUCUACAUCCCACUGUUGGCACACGAGUGCCUCGACUCCUUAGUGACACAGUGCAGAACAAUGUGCAUUUUAUUAUUAGUUUAUUCAUCUUGUUGUGUUGUAGG